GAUUGCUUCAUUCAUCACUAUCAGUCUGAGGAUUCCCCGGGAAAAUAAAGAAACUCUUAGUCACUGCUAAGCGUAAUGUGUCUGAGAAUCCGACGCUAAUGAAGCUCUUCGUCGGUACCAAUCUGCUCAGAAACUCUGUUUUCCUCAAGAUCUCCCUCUUUGUCUUGAUCUCCGUUGCUUGUUUCUUCCUCGGUAAGCAUUGGUCUGAGGAUGGCUUUCGCCGCCUCCUCUUCUUCUCCGCCGAGCCUUCUCGCUCUUCCAUUGUCGCACUCUCUCCUGAUUUUGGAAAAUCCUAUAAUAUCUCUGGUUUGAUCUCCCAGAGUCACCCGUUUUUGCCACCGUCUUUGUCACCACCACCACCACCGCCGCCGCCGCCAGAUUCUGUUGACCUGAAGGUGUUUGGGAUCGUUAACGAGAAUGGAACAAUGUCUGAUGAGUUCCAGAUUGGGGAUUACGACGCUGGGUCGGCGGAGACGUUGGGAAAUCAGACGGAAUUCGAGAGUAGUGAUGACGGUGACACUAAAACCACCACGGCCACGGUUACUGUGAGGCAAUUCGAGAUCUGUUCGGAGGAUAUGACGGAGUACAUUCCUUGUUUGGAUAAUGUUGAAGCCAUCAAAAGGCUCAAUUCGACGGCGCGUGGUGAGCGUUUCGAACGGAAUUGCCCCAAACAAGGGACGGGAUUGAAUUGCACCGUUCCUAUUCCCAAUGGAUACCGUUCUCCGAUUCCGUGGCCAAGAAGCCGUGAUGAGCUGUGGUUCAACAAUGUUCCACAUACUCGACUUGUUGAAGACAAAGGUGGUCAAAACUGGAUUUACAAAGAGAAUGACAAAUUCAAGUUUCCUGGCGGUGGUACUCAGUUUAUACAUGGUGCUGAUCAGUAUUUGGAUCAGAUCUCUCAGAUGAUUCCUGAUAUCAGCUUUGGUAAUCAUACACGAGUUGUUCUUGACAUUGGAUGUGGUGUAGCAAGUUUUGGUGCCUACUUAAUGUCGAGAAAUGUCUUGACGAUGUCCAUAGCUCCAAAGGAUGUUCAUGAGAACCAGAUACAGUUUGCUCUUGAGCGUGGUGUUCCUGCAAUGGUGGCAGCAUUCACAACACGUCGAUUGUUGUACCCAAGCCAAGCUUUUGAUUUGGUUCAUUGUUCAAGGUGUAGAAUCAACUGGACUCGUGAUGAUGGGAUCCUGCUCCUUGAAGUCAAUAGGAUGCUUCGUGCCGGAGGAUAUUUUGUUUGGGCAGCACAACCUGUAUAUAAGCAUGAAAAGGCCUUGGAAGAACAGUGGGAAGAGAUGCUUAACCUUACCACUAGACUGUGCUGGGUUCUUGUAAAGAAGGAGGGAUAUAUAGCAAUCUGGCAGAAGCCUGUAAAUAACACUUGUUAUCUAAGUCGUGCUGCAGGAGUCAUUCCUCCUUUGUGUGGUUCUGAAGAUGACCCAGAUAAUGUUUGGUACGUAGAUCUGAAGGCAUGCAUCACUAGGAUUAAAGAAAAUGGAUAUGGAGCAAAUCUUGUUCCUUGGCCAGCCCGUUUGCAGAUCCCUCCGGAUAGGCUGCAGACAAUACAAAUUGAUUCUUACAUUGCCCGAAAAGAGCUCUUUGUGGCUGAAUCAAAGUACUGGAAAGAAAUAAUAGCAAACUAUGUGAAUGCCCUACACUGGAAGCAGAUAGGACUUAGAAAUGUCUUGGACAUGAGAGCUGGAUUUGGCGGAUUUGCGGCUGCAUUAGCUGAUCUAAAGGUUGAUUGCUGGGUUCUCAAUGUUAUCCCAGUCAGCGGUCCGAACACAUUGCCUGUUAUAUAUGAUCGUGGACUACUAGGAGUAAUGCAUGAUUGGUGUGAACCUUUUGAUACUUACCCAAGAACCUAUGAUUUGCUGCAUGCCGCGGGACUAUUUUCCAUUGAAAGAAAAAGGUGCAACAUGACAACGAUAAUGCUAGAGAUGGACCGGAUUUUGAGGCCUGGAGGACGUGUAUACAUACGGGAUACCAUCAACGUGAUGAGUGAGCUUCAAGAGAUUGGAAAGGCGAUGAGGUGGCACACGAGCUUACGCGAAACUGCUGAAGGACCUCACGCAAGUUACAGGGUUCUCUUAUGCGAAAAGUGGUUUGACUCGUCAGAGAAACAUCAUACCAAGAAGAAGAGGAAGACAAAAGGAAAAAGAGCUUGAGAUAUCUAUAGAGUACAAGUGUUGGGCAAAAAAAUUCUAGGAGUCUUUGAUCAAUCGUUAGUUUAGUUGGGACUUGGGAGGCUUUUGGAAUUUUAGAAAAGUUAGGGACGCUAGAACAAACUCUGUUUCAGCUUGUAAAGUUUUGGUGUUUUAGGUUCCCUCUUUUGAUUGAGACCGGUUCAAACUCACUUAACCCAUAUAUAUAUAUAUAUAUCACCUGCUGUUUACAUAA